UUGACGGAGCGGGUUAGGAGUGAGAAAUAGUCUACAGGUAAAAGGUCUGAAUAAAGAUUAGACAUGAAAGCAGUCAGCGGGUAGAAAAAGGCACUUAAAACUCUUUUCCCCCAAGCGAGCGGCAUCAUGAAGCCACUGCUGCGCUUCAGCGUCUCUCUGUGGACUCUUCUGGUCUUCAUCGCUCUCCUCAAGAACUCCCAUGCAGAAUGUGUUGAAAUGAAAUGUGACAGCAAUGUAACAGAAGCAUUAACAGUGACAACAACAACAGUCAGACAUGUACCUACACCAAACUGCACCUUAUCCACUGGGAAUAAUAUCUCUGGAGACAGUUUUCUAAAUGGUCUGAUUCCUGGAGCUGUCUAUGAAAUCUUAAUUAAUUGCUCAUCCUGCUGUGCAAACGUCACAUUGAUGCCUGAAAUUGUCAGAAAUCUCACUGUCACAAACGUCACCACAUCCUCUGUGUCUGUGAACUGGAGUGAACCAGAAGGAAACAGCUCCUUCUAUACAGUGGAGUGGACAGAUGGAAAUUUCAGUGCCACUGAAAAUGUGUCUGAAACAUCUAUGACCAUUAGUAACCUGACUGCUGGUGACCGGUAUAAAAUAAUUGUUACUGCAGUGGCAGAUGACAACCAUACUAAGGGACAGACCACUGCUGUUACUCAGUACACAAAGCCUGAAGUAGUCUGUAACCUCAGUGUCACUAACGUCACCACAUCCUCAGUGUAUGUGAUGUUACUGAACCAAAAGGAAGCGCUCUCUUUAUUAGAGUACAGUGGACUAAUGGACAACUAA